AUGGUUCUCCCCGACUACCCCCCUCCCAUGAGGGAUGGCAACGACUCGAGCUCAGCGCGCACAUCGCUCUACAAAUCACGACACAUAUCCCUCCAGUCCCGAGUCGACUCUCUGGCGGCCGACAGCAUGUGGGAUGAGAGCAGAGAAUCAGUACCAGAGAUCCCAGCGAUAUAUAGCAGCGGACGCGGACGGUCGACUUCUUUCCUCAUGGACCCCAGCAUGAUGCGAUCCUCGAAUCCCGAAUCGAUGAAGGACGACGCCGAAUCGACUGGAUACAUCGUCUCGCCCUCGCCCGACCCUCCGUCAACACCAGCGCCACCGUCAUCACAGCCAUUAAACAUUUCCGUGUUCCACGAGACGCUGUUUAUCGGUGUUGUGAUUAUGGCUCAAUUCAUGGGUCUGGCUGGUCUUGGGCAGUCCAUCGCUCCAAUGCACAUUAUCGCAGAAGGCCUGCACGUAACGAAUCCUGGCGAGCAAGCAUGGUUUGCGGCAGCCUUUUCGCUCACCGUCGGAACGUUUAUCCUGAUCUCUGGACGAAUGGGCGAUAUCAUCGGACACAAGCGAGUGUUUGUCUUUGGAUACUUCUUCCUUGGAUGCUGGUCAGCAUUUGCCGGAUUCAGCGCCUACGUUGGUCGUCAAGUCUUCUUUGACAUCUGCCGUGCAUUCCAGGGUAUUGGAGCUGCCCUACUGGCACCCAAUGCACUCGCUCUGCUUGGUCGUGCGUACCCUCCUGGAAUCAAGAAGAACAUCGUCUUCUCCCUGUUCGGUGCCAUGGCUCCCUGGGGUUUCGUGAUGGGCGCCUUGUUCUCUAGCGUCUUCGCACAGUUGGCAUGGUGGCCGUGGGCGUUCUGGAGCUACGGUAUCGCGGCGUGGGCACUUUCUGCCUUCUCCGCCGUCAUCAUCCCCAAGGCGCUCGCCCACGACGCUCAGUUCGCCGGUAGAUCGACCAAGCCAGGCAUGGACUGGACCGGUUCCCUCCUCGGAGUCAUUGGCCUCAUCCUCAUCAACGUCGCUUGGAACAACGGGCCUCUGUUCGGCUGGAAUCAACCGCACGUCUACUUCAUCUUAAUCAUUGGAGUUUUCUCCUUGAUCGCAUUCGUUUGGGUCGAAGCCCGUGCGAUCUCGCCCAUUCUUCCCGUCCGUCACAUGACCAGCACUGUUACGUACACGAUGGCUCUGGUUGGUAUCGGUUGGGGCUCGUUCGGUAUCUGGAUCUACUACUCUUGGCGUUUCCUCGAGGAGAUCCGUGGCUACACUCCACUCAGCGUGUCGGCUCAAUACACUCCAGCUCUAGUCUGUGGUCUCCUUGCUGCGGGUGCGACGGGUUUCAUGCUUACGCACACGCCCGUCGCGUUCACCAUGAUGAUUGCCAUGGUGGCUUUCUUCCUCGGUGAGCUGAUCACUGCCACCCAGCCAGCACAUCAGACAUACUGGGCGCAGAUGUUUGUCGCCAUUCUAAUCAUGCCUUUCGGCAUGGACAUGUCGUUCCCAGCAGGAACAGUCAUCCUCUCAAACCACAUGCCAAGAGAACACCAAGGUCUAGCCGCGUCGUUGGUCAAUACCAUGGUCAACUACUCCAUCUCCAUUGCGCUCGGCAUCGCAGGUACCGUCGAGGUACAAGUCAACAACCACGGCAAGACCGAAGCGGACGUCAUGCACGGCAUCCGAUGCGCGUGGUACACUGGCGUUGCACUCGCCGGUUGCGGUGUGAUCCUCGGCACCAUGUUCUUCGGUCGAACAUUGUUACGAGAAGGCUGGAAAAUCAUGGACCACUAG